GUCGUGCGAUCAUGUUUGCUGUGUCCUACUUUCCACGCCGAGGGCAUUUGGCGCUAACCCCUUCAAAAAUCCCCCCCUCCCCGCCCAAGUAGUUUUUAGCCUGUAAAACCUUGCCUGCUGUCCUCGCGUCUUCCGUCUUUCAACUCUCGAGACCUCCAUCCAUUCAUCCAUCCAUCAUCCGGAGCUUCGCUCCCCCAUUAACCACCGUCCCUUACGCGAGAUCUCAUCACGUCCCGCCUCAAUGAAUUCUCGCGAGCACUCGGAUAUGCCUCCGGCGCCCUCCUACCCAUCUCCUAACGCCGCGCAGAUGGGUCAGGGUGCCAUGCCGUACUACACAAACCGCCAACUAACCGCCGACGAACUCCUGUCUGCCGAGCUUUCGCGCGAAACCUCCGGCCCUGGCAUCAAUGACGGCCCCAGCAAUGGGGUCCAUCAUGCUCAAUCGAUGGUUCUGGGAUCCUCCAACGCUGGUGGCGCUGACAUGGGCCGCCCGUCGUCCCCAGAUCAACAUCAACAACAACAACAACAACAACAUAUGCUUCAGUUUCCGCCUAGCCAGCAGGUGGGCGUUGAUCCGAACCAUGAUUUGAGUUAUGGCGACCAGAGCGCUAGGAGGAAGAGGACAAAGAUUUCCCGGGCUUGUGAUGAGUGCAGGCGCAAGAAGGUCCGUUGCGAUGCGAGUUCCGAAUCUGGAGUCGAGACCUGCUCGAAUUGUCGUCGUCUUGGUGUCGUGUGCCAGUUCAGUCGGGUUCCUAUGAAACGCGGUCCGAGUAAAGGGUAUAUCAAGGAACUUGCGGAACGAUUACAUACUCUCGAGAGUCAGAUACAGCCGGCUAUGGUUCAUCCGGACAUGCCCUACCAGCCUAUGAAUGAAGUAUCGUCUCCACGAGCUUAUCAGGACUUCUCGUCACCGAUGGAUGCGGGCGCAAUCGGUCGCAAGAGGACAUACUCUGUAUUUGAUGGGUUGCCAAGUUCGUCCUUUGCUCAACCACCGUUCAACUCGCGCUCGCAAAACGCGUUUGACACGGGCGAAAACCCAACAGACCCUUGCAACCCCGCGGUUGUGAACAGCUCGGCUCCCAAGCCUGGAAACCUUUUCUGGUCAACGGGUAACGAUCAUGACCUUCCUGCUGGGCUGGAAAUCUCCGAAAUACCUAAACAUGAGGAAGACUUGACUCCAUUGAGCGUGGAUGAAGGUGCUUUGAAUGCUUACUACCAGCAUAUUCAUCCCAUCCUUCCCAUCCUACCCAACUCGAAGGACCGUCUUUUAGGGCUUCUUCACCAGUGCAGUCGUGAGGUGCAGGAAAUAUUCCUGUACAGUUUAUAUACUCUAACAAGGGUUAACAUCGAUCGCGUGGUUAGCACAUUUGAGAGGAUUACUUCGUAUGACAAUGCGCAGGAUCUGCUCUUAUAUUAUACCCGUCAACCGGCUCUGGUUCGCCCGACCGGGGUAAACUUGAUUUGGCUCCAGAGUAUGCUCCUUAUGAUCCUUGACUGUGACUCGCGGGGCCCCGACAACUUUGUGCUGAAGGACGGUGUGCCCAAGCACACCUUGAUUCAAUCUGCCACCAAACUUGGCUCAGAUAUGGCGAAGAACCUUGGCCAGCUCAAAACUAAGCGAUCCUCCGACCCGGAUGUUGAUUCGGAGGUGAACCUCGUCAGGCGGAACUGGGCAUCUCUGGCUGUUUUGACACGUUGGUACGCCAUCAGUGUCGCCGACCCUAGCAUUCUGGGGAUGCACGAAAUCGGAGGACGGGAGGAUGAAAGAGUUCUCGGCUCCGUGACCGCAGGAAUUGCUUCAUAUUCCACCUUCCUUGUUGAAAUGGUGACCCUUGCGGCGGCUGAGCAUAACGUUUGUCAGACCAACACUGGGAUGGGCCGCGUAGUUGGCGCAAACCUAGUGGCAUCUCUUGAACGCCUGUCCAGUGUCGAUGAUUUCAAGUCUUCUGGUGUCUCGGAAGAUGGAGCACCUCACGGUUUCAUGGAGAGUCUACAAAAUCAACUUUACUGGACUACGCGGCUGCUGAUUAAACGACACAUCUUCGUCUACAGCCCGUACGAGAUCAUCUUUUGCGCCGAGGAAGUUAUCAAUGAGCUGCUAAAGGCGACUGCGCAGUCCCGUCUUUCGACACCCCUCGAUCUCCACAGUUUGGCUCUGGCUACCAUGACCCUUCUCGAAGCCUCUGUGCUUCCAGAAUACUCGAACGAGUGCUGGGAAGCUCUGAAGAAGGUUGAUGAGAUCCUCGACUACCGUGCAAAGCGUGCCGCCGAAUUCUCAGAGUUUGGAGACGUCUUCCACACACCUGGUUGGGACGCUAAGAUCCGCCUCUUCCUUGAAUGGAGACGAACGAAAUCCCAGGAAGCCCAGCUUCAAGAUUCCGGCCUCAGCAAGACUGGCUCUGGAGCACCACCAGUGGUAGGACCAAACGAGCAACGCUCUCUCCAACAUCUCGCUGAUCUCGCUGUCGGUGCCGAGGGCUCUGUCGCCGUAACCGCAUCCCCACCACCUGCCAUUCCACCAUCCGAGAACAACAUGAAUGCCACUUCGCCUAACCUAGGUCCAGCUCCGCCACCACAAGGCGGCCGCGUUGUUGUCGAUUUCACCCUCCUUACGAAGGAAGGUUACCUGAAUGUCUUUUCCGGGUUGAUUUAUCGACGUUCUCGUUAGGGUCUCAUCUCAUGAUUUUCAAGUUUUCAAUUGUCGAUUAUUUUGAUGGUCCUGAAAAUUGUCUCUAUGAACGGAUUUAUAUUGAAAAUAAAAAAAAAAUUCGAUUUUUUUUUUUUUCUUUCCCUUCCUUCUCCCCCC